AUGUUUCACCAACCCACGCCAGAUAUUCGAGCACCUCUGGAAAAUGUCUUGAGUAAUCUGUCCCAAAAGCCUCAGUACUACGUUCAUGAUGGAUGUUCACACCUGUUUCAAGUUCGCAACCGUAACCCACCAGACGGUUCCCCCACCCAGUUGUGUAUCCCCUACGCCUUCAGUUUCAAUGACUGUGGGCAUUACUUAGAGUAUCACUGUACAGUUGGAAGAUCAUUUCAAGCGGGAGAAGUUCACAACUUUUGCACAUUCAACCUGCCACCCAUGGCUAAAGACCUAAACAAGGCUGGGUAUUGUCCUCAGUGCAGAAAAUCUAUCGAGGAACAUGAAGAACUACUCUCGGCGUGUGGUCACAAUAAGAGCCGCAUCUCCCUUGCGGUUUCCCAUAUCUGGAAGCGUAUCACCAGCUCCUUGACGGUUGUUGUUAACAUGCACUCUUACCCAGCCACGAACUGGACAUCAUCCUCGGGUACUCACAGAUUUCGCAGGUACCACUGCAAAGAAUGUAAACGCGAUGAUGCCGCUCUUCGAGAGAUGUUAAGUAACACCGAACGCGGUGUGAGACGAGCUGAGCGUCGCCAAAGAUUGGCAAAGAUGGCCCGCACUUACAGUCACCGCUGGGAUAUAGGAGCAUGA